AGUUUGUUUACCUCCUACUCCUCAUCACAACUCGCGCAAUUCACGUGUUUUUUCCCACUUCAUUCCCAGGUUUGUGCUUGAAAUGCUGUGUACCUCUCCGCAAACACCUUUUCGUUUUUUAAACCUUUAAAGGCGUGUAAUCAGCAACGCGCUUGGAUAUUCAACCUUUCAGCACAGGUGUUCCCUGCAUCAUGGGAAAAGUCAAUCGACCAGAACUAGCCAAGUUGAGUCAUCAACAACGCACAGUUGUCACCAUCUCUGAGAUAAUCCAAGAACUACUAGAGGCCCAUCGUGAGGGUAAGGAUAUCAAUCUGAACCGGCUGAAGACCCGUAUAUCUUCAAAGUAUGGCUUACACACAUCACCAAGAUUGGUUGAUAUUAUUGCAGCAGUGCCUUCGGAGUCCAAAAAAAUCUUGUACCCAAAAUUGAAAGCUAAACCGAUCCGAACAGCCAGUGGGAUCGCUGUCGUUGCCGUCAUGUGUAAACCACAUCGUUGCCCUCACAUUAAUAUGACAGGGAACAUCUGUGUGUACUGUCCUGGAGGUCCGGAUUCAGACUUUGAAUACUCUACCCAGUCGUACACGGGCUAUGAACCGACUUCCAUGAGAGCAAUUCGUGCACGUUAUGAUCCAUACUUGCAAACUAGACACCGUGUUGAACAGCUGCAACAGCUAGGUCACAGUGUGGAUAAAGUCGAAUUUAUUGUGAUGGGAGGUACUUUCAUGAGUUUACCUGAGGAUUACCGAGACUACUUCAUUCGAAACCUUCAUGACGCCCUAUCUGGUCACAGCAGCAGCAACGUAGACGAGGCUGUGAAAUACUCUGAGAGGAGCAAAGUGAAGUGCAUUGGAAUCACAAUAGAAACGAGGCCCGAUUACUGCCUGAAGCGGCAUCUUUCAGACAUGUUGCGGUAUGGCUGCACUAGACUUGAAAUUGGAGUUCAAUCUGUCUUUGAAGACAUUGCAAGAGACACAAACAGAGGCCACACUGUGAAAGCUGUCUGUGAAAGUUUCAAUCUUGCCAAAGAUGCUGGUUUUAAAGUGGUUGCUCAUAUGAUGCCUGACCUGCCAAACAUGGGUGAAGAACGUGAUAUUGAGCAAUUUAUUGAAUUUUUCGAGAACCCAGCAUUUCGUGCUGACGGUUUGAAAAUAUAUCCCACCCUUGUCAUUCGAGGUACAGGCUUGUAUGAACUCUGGAAAACGGGGAGGUACAAGAGCUAUCCUCCCAAUACUCUUGUCGAUUUAAUAGCACGAAUAUUAGCGUUGGUCCCUCCAUGGACAAGAGUGUACAGAGUUCAAAGAGAUAUUCCCAUGCCUUUAGUAAGUUCUGGCGUUGAACAUGGUAAUUUACGUGAAUUAGCAUUGGCAAGAAUGAACGAUUUAGGAAUCACUUGCAGAGACGUCCGAACACGAGAAGUAGGCAUUCAAGAAAUUCACCACAAAGUGAAACCUUAUGAGGUUGAAAUCAUCCGGAGAGACUAUGUUGCAAAUGGAGGAUGGGAAACAUUUUUGUCGUAUGAGGAUCCGGAACAAGAUAUUCUUGUCGGUUUACUUCGAUUGAGGAAAUGUUCUCAAGACACAUUUAGGCCCGAGCUAAAAGGAAGCGUUUCGAUAGUGCGCGAACUUCACGUGUAUGGCAGUGUGGUACCUGUCAAAGCACGAGACCCAACCAAAUUUCAGCAUCAAGGUUUUGGAAUGUUGUUGAUGGAAGAAGCAGAGAGGAUAGCAAGGGAAGAGCAUGGCUCAACGAAGAUUGCUGUUAUUUCAGGCGUGGGCACAAGGAAUUAUUAUCGAAAAAUGGGCUAUGAACUUGAUGGACCAUACGUAUCAAAGAGUUUGGUUUGAACAGCGUGAACUUCCUCAAAAGGAGGAGUGAAAUACAUUUUGUGAUUUGAGUAUGCAUCUGUUAUAUUUUUAUAUGUUAAAUAAAAAAUUAAGACUAGC